AUGGAGGGACCUUAUGCAUUGGUAACUCCACCGAUGCAAUUCUACCAAUACCGGCCAGACUCGGACGCACGGCAUAACGCUGUGUUCACUCCGAUGCCGACAGAGCAGCCAACUUAUAGCCCCAUGACUGGGUAUCCUCAGCAACAGCAGUCGGCAGCACCACAGUAUCUGGUCCAGCAGUACUGGCAAGGGCAUGCUGCUCACUUUCCCCGAGGACACCCUCACGCCCACUAUGUGCCUCAGCAGGUUCUGACUCCCAGGGCCUCACCACCAUUGACGCUAGCCAUGCCCAUGGCUAUGCCCAAGAUGAUGCUCGACAGCAAUGGCCAUAUGGAGCAUGGACACUUUCUGGAGAGCCGGCACUCUUCCCCUCCGACUCCAUGUCUCUCGGCCUGCCCCAGCACAGCCAGCAGCCCGCCCGCCAGCAGUGUGAACCAGACGCCCGUGCACAGCGCUGGCUACUUCAACUUGCCCAUUGAAGCUUCCAAGGAGGAGAUGCAGCCUCUGACAUAUCUUGACGAGUGGUCGGAAAGCGGACAAGUGCACAUUUUCCCGCAUCCCGGUGAUGCCAAGGCCGCACUCGUGCCCAGCAACGGCACCGACUCUUUUCACUCCACCAUCAAUGCCAGCAGCUGCCCUUCACCUUCUUUGGCCCCUGCUUCACCUCAAUCUCAAGUCUCUCCCUCGGCCUAUCCCGUAGCUGAGUUUGUCAACCUACGAGAUUUGACCUCGACUUCACUCGAGCCUGCCGUGUCUGCGCCCGUCCGGACGUUCCCUCCCUUGCCUACUUUGUCCGCCGAAGACGACGAGCACAAGUUUGCUCUCGGCAACCAAGCGUUCCCCAUCACGCCCGAGCAUGAAACUGCCGAUCCUUUCAGUCUCGUCGAGAACCCUUCGUUUGACACUUCUUUCUGCACUGAGUUCGACUCGGAGGACGAGUUCAGCUUCGUCAACUUCACCGACCCCGAGAUUGCCUACAACGGUGACAAGAGACUGAAGUUGUCGGUUGGUGAAGAGGAGGACUUCCUCAGUGUCCACAGCUUCGGCAGCUUUGAUGAGGACGACCACGCCGCUCACGCUGGUCUGCUCUCCCCCCCAGCCUCUUCUUUCUCCGAUUCGGGCUCGUGCUGUGCCUCCAAGAAGAAGAACCACACUCAACGCAAGAUGAAGCGCAACAGCUCCACGGACAGUGAUGUGGAGUUUCAAAACUUCACCCAGUCCGAUGCCCACAUCAACAGCCACGCAGAUGGCCAAAGUACCUCUGAUGCCACUCCUCAGGAACAGUCCAACGCCAACGAGGACAACACCGGCUCCAGCAACGCUGAUGGAUCGAAUCCCUUGACAGCUCCUGCCAACCGCCGCGGGCGAAAGCAGUCCUUGACCGAGGACCCCUCCAAGACAUUUGUCUGCACCCUAUGCUCACGUCGCUUCCGUCGCCAGGAGCACCUCAAGCGCCACUACCGCUCUCUGCACACCCAGGACAAGCCAUUCGAGUGCAACGAGUGUGGCAAGAAAUUCUCGCGCUCGGACAAUCUGGCCCAGCAUGCCCGCACCCACGGCAGCGGUGCCAUCGUCAUGGGUGUCCUCGAGAACGGUGAGCUCCAGCCUCAUCAGCCAUAUGAUGAGGAAAUGGGCCACGCUCUGUACGAGGCGGCGCAACGAGCGGCGUUGGCCACCUCGUCGAGCAGCAGUGGCUCCGAGGCGUCGUCCUCCGGCGAAAGCAAGCGUGCUCUCAAGAAGAGAAAGCGAGAUGAAUCCCUGUAA